CCAAAGUUGAAGGUUAGCCGCUCGAUGUCUGUGCAAUCAAGCCACGUCCAAUAAAGCCGGCAAUUUUUUCUUUUUUCCAUUCGUCUGCAAUUAAUUCCCAGCAGCGAUACCGGAAUCACUGAAUUCUUUAUCGUACAGGAAACCUCCACGAACAGCCACGAACAGCCACGGGAUCCAGCUGGGUGGCAAUCAUCCCAGGAAUUCGACGAAUCUUCCGGUUGGAGAGGCAAGAAAGAAGGGAAUCAGGAAAUACCCGGGUCGGAACGAAGAACAAUCGAUGCAUCGGAAAUCGACGCGAUCGUGAAAGCGAAAUGGACAACUGGCUAAGCGGAAAUCGCGUACACUGGACGAAAAGCCGGUCAACAUCGAUGGCGUAACAUGAACAUCGCCCGAUUCCGAAUAGUAACCUAACCAACCUUUGUUACGUAUGCUCCGGCCACUCGCGAGAAGUGACGCGUCACGUGAUUGUCCUUCGACUUGGAGUCGAGCAGGAACGAUAAUCCGGCUGGCUUGUCGAGUCGGAUGAUUUCGGCUCACUUCGGAUCGGUCGUCUAAGCACAACGCAACGGUGUUGAUGCUUGAAACGGGUGACUGCUAGUAGAACACAAUGAUUCAUCGAGCAGUUUGGUCGGGGAGCAUUCAUUUUCGCGUUCGAGCGUGCUAGUGACUUAUCAGUGUUUGUGUUGGAUUAACGUGGCGUGUGUAUCGCGAUGACUCUACGUCGUUUCACCCUUCUGCCGAUUUCUCUGCUGCCUACUUGUAUGGGAGGACCUUCGGCAAGCAGAGGAAGUUGCAGUGACGAAUGCAGCAGCACGAUGACACGUUUAGCGCCGGAACGACGUAGAAGACGGUCGAGCGUCGCGACGCAACACGCCCUCAGGCUGAUCCUGCAGAUUCUACUGAUACAACAUUUCUCGACUAGCAAAGCCACCGCUCAGAUGGCCGAGUGCCCACCACCAGAAACUAUUCCCGGUUGUCCCUGUUACAAUUUCGAGGAUGGUCUUUUUCUGGAAUGCCCUGGUGCCACCGAGGAUACCCUCCGGACUACUUUGCAAGGAGUUCUGAAUGCUGGUGGAGCAGGCACGACGGUGCAGUCAUUGAGCGUUUAUGAGCUGGACAAAACCGUGGAGGAAUUGAAAGAGGGCUGCUUUCCGGACGGUUCACAAAUCAGGCACCUUCAAAUAUCUCAUUCGUCCCUUCGUGAAAUUAGCGAAGGGGCAUUCGCGAAUCUAAAGGAGAGUUUGGAGUCGUUGGCUCUGGUUUCCAGUCGCUUGCCCCACGUACCUCAAAAAUCGCUUGCCGAACUAAAGAAAUUGGCCGCCCUGGACCUCGAAGCGAAUCUGAUACAAGAGCUGUCGUCUUACUGUUUCUAUGGAUUGAAGUUAAUGAAACUGACCUUAAAGGGCAAUCAGAUAUCGAAGAUUUCCGAAUACGCGUUCGCAGGCCUGGAAGACAGUCUGAGCGAUCUAGACCUAGCCGAGAACAAGCUGAAACUGUUUCCCAUGGCGCCUCUGAGGAGACUGGAAAGCUUGGCUUCGCUCACUUUAGCCUGGAACGAAAUUUCAGAACUUCCAAACGAUGGUUAUAGUCUGCUAAGUUCAUUGUUAAUCCUCGACCUCAGCAGCAACAACUUCGAGAAACUGGCUGAAGACUGCUUUAGACCGUGUCCUAUCUUGCACAGUCUGUCCUUGUAUUACAAUUCGAUCGAGACCAUUCACAAGGAUGCAUUCGUGUCCCUGAAGGAGCUGGAGUCGAUCGAUUUGAGCCAUAACAAGAUCGUAUUCCUCGACAUAGCUACCUUCAAAGGAAACGAAAGGCUGCGUACCAUCGAGCUGAGUCAUAAUCAUAUUCAUUACAUCGGUGGGGUGUUUGCAAGGCUGCCAGAGCUUAGAGAACUUUACCUAGCAGAGAACAAUAUCCUAGAGAUCCCUGGGGAUGCGUUCAUAGGCAGUGUCAGCCUCGCGGUCAUCUACCUUCAGCAGAACGCAAUCAGAAGAAUUGAUGGUAGGGGUCUGACCAGUCUUACGCAAUUAGCCCAAUUACAUCUGAGCAAUAACUACAUCGAGAAAGUGCCGCGGGAGUUUCUCGAACAUUGUGUGAUCCUCUCCUCGUUGUCCUUGGACGGCAACAAGAUUCAAAAGCUUCAACCAGGCACGUUCCUAAAGUUGCAUCAACUCCGUGAGUUGAGACUGCAAGACAACAAUAUCACUGAAGUGAAGCGUGGAGUGUUUUCACCUCUCCCCUCGCUUCUGGAGCUUCACCUGCAGAACAACGCUAUCACAGAUAUGGAAACGGGAGCUCUGAGAACCCUGAGUAGCCUACAGCACGUCAACCUUCAAGGAAACCAGCUAACUGUACUCGGCGACGUGUUCCAAUUGUCCUCUUCUGAAUCGUCUUCCGGUGGCAGCUCUCUAGUGUCCAUUCAGUUGGACAGCAACGGAUUAGCGGUGCUACACAAUGAUUCUUUGCGUGGCCAGGCGUCAGUCAGAAUCAUGUGGCUGGGUCACAAUAAACUGACACACCUCCAGGCACCUCUCUUCAGAGACUUGCUUCUGGUGGAACGACUGUAUCUGACCAAUAACUCUAUAUCCAGGAUAGAGGACGGUGCUUUCCAGCCGAUGCAAGCUUUAAAAUUUCUCGAACUCAGCAUGAAUAAGCUCAACCACAUCACAGCAAAAACGUUCUCCGAAUUGCAUGAACUUGAAGAGUUGUACCUGCAAGACAAUGGUCUCAGACGACUAGAUUCGUUUUCCUUGACUGCUCUGAAAAAAUUGAAGGUUCUGGAUCUAGCCAACAAUCACCUGACCGUUCUGCACGAUGCAAUCUUCCAGGAAGACUUACCCAUCAAAACGUUGAACCUAAAGAAUUGUUCCAUUAUGAACGUAGAGAGUGGCGCCUUUCGAGGGCUCAAUAAUCUCUCCGAACUGAAUCUGGAUGACAAUCUUCUUGCUUCUUCUGCUCUCUUCAACUUACGAAUCACUGGUCUACAUACUUUAUCCGCGUCAGGGAAUAACUUUAGUCAGAUCUCGGAGCACAGCCUGAACGGACUACCGUCUCUGCAGGAACUGUUGUUAAACGAGGCACAGAUUUCUCAACUGCCAGAGAUCAUCUUCGUGUUGAAUCGAAACUUGGCGCGUUUACAUUUGAACCGUAAUUACCUUCGCAAUCUACCACCCGGCAUCUUCGAUCAUCUGUUGUCUCUUCGAGAGAUUCGUCUGGACCAGAAUCGGUUCCAAGGUAUUCCGUAUUCCGCGUUAGCCAGUGCCCUGAACCUGGAGAUCCUCACUCUGUCCAACAACGAGAUCGUGAACGUGGACGUGGCCAGCAUUGCCAGUCUGAAGUACCUGAGGGAGUUGGACCUUAGCCAUAAUCGAAUAGAAACUAUGUCCGGCUUCGCCAUGGCCAACCUGUCGCGCCUCAUCUCCGUCGACCUCAGUCACAACCAUCUAAACGCACUUCCGGCCAACUUCUUCGCCCAUUCGUCGAUGCUGCGCCGAGUAGAUCUGUCGGAAAACAAGUUCAGACAAAUUCCAGCAGUGGCAUUGUCUGGUCAGAACCUUCCGGGUCUGGCAUGGUUGAAUCUGACCAGGAAUCCGUUGAACAGAAUCCAUGAUCUUCCAUCAGAAGCUAAAUACCCUAUUCUUCAAGAGGUGCACAUAUCCGGCACGAAUCUCAGCAUAGUCACUUCGCAAGACUUUGAGGCAUUUCCUGCUCUACUGCACCUGUACUUGGGUCAAAACUGCAUCCUGAGAGUAUCGCCUGGUGCAUUCAGAAGUUUACCCAAUUUGCUGACACUGCAUCUCGGUAUGAACAGCUUGGAAAUCCUACCGAAAGAACGACUUCAAGGUAUGGAGCACCUGCGGAUCUUAAAUCUGACGCACAAUCGACUAAAAGAGCUCGACGAGUUCCCAGAGGACCUGAAGUCCCUUCAGGUACUGGACCUAUCGUACAAUCAGAUCACGAUUGUGGGCAAGGUGACGUUCAAGAACUUGGUCAGCUUGGUGGAACUGCAUCUUUAUGGUAAUUGGAUCAACGCUAUAUCCAGCGAGGCGUUCAGACCUCUGAAGAAGUUGCGGUUGUUGGAUCUGAGCAGGAACUACUUGGAGAAUCUACCGUUGAACGCGUUCCGACCUCUGGAGACCCAGAUACGGAGCUUGCGUGCUGAAGAGAAUCCGCUCCGUUGCAGCUGCGAAUCGCAAGAACUCUGGGAGUGGUUGAGAGAUCAUCAAAAGCUGGUCGGCGGGGUAGGUGGUGGUCGUGGUCGCGGAAGAAACGGUGUUGGGGUCGGUGAUGUCGAGGGUGGUCUGUUGAGAUGCCAACAACCACCAGAGCUACGGGGUCUGGUUUUCCUUGAUCUGGAUCCUCACGCUUUCUGUUCUGCUCCGUUGAUCCUGAAAUUGGCGAUACAAGACAUUCAGCCAUUCUCCGUACUCGUGUCCUGGCAGAGUAGAAACCAUUCCGGUCUUCAUGGUUACCAAGUGGCCUAUCAUGCAUUGGACAACGUUGAGGAGGUACGAGUGAAGCUGCUAGACCCUAAGGCACGUUCCGUGAAGCUGACGAAGUUAGCCUCGGAUACUCGGUACUUGAUCUGCGUGCUCGGUCUGGGCAGCUGGGGCACGUCAAUCCCCGAGGACAUAGCUUCUUGGCAAUGGAACGCCUCUCACGACGACGUGAUCGAGAGCUCUGCUCGUCCAUCUAUGGUGAAUUCUCUCACUAGCCGAUGUACAGAGGUUAGAACAUUGGAUGCUCCUGACUCGAUAGUGGGAGAUGGAACGAUGAGCGACAGAGGAGGCUUGGCCAACAUUCUGACCAGAAGGUUAGGCCUGAUAGUCGGCAGUUGCAUGGGGUUCGUGGUGUUUGUCGUGUUGAUCUCGGUGCUGGGCUACAUGAAGAUGAAGAAACAGAGGUCCACGGAGAAGAGGGAUCAACCGUUGUCCUCGAACCCGCAGGCAUACAUGUCGUAUAGGCAUUUCUCGCUGCAGAGCGGCGACAGAGCCGAUAAUGCCUGUCCUAGCUUCAUCAGCAAUAUCGGCACCACACCUUUGAACUCGUAGCAUAAACCUAAGGAGCUUGAUCAUCGUGCUGUCGAGAUAAAGGCCGAUCACAAUUGUCCAGGUAUCUUUGGCUAGUCACGAUUUUCGAGGUAAUCUGCGUCUGGGUUCGACACAGAGUUUAAAGUUGCACGUACAGGCUUUUAGACCGAGUCUGGCGCCAUUCUGGCGCCGUUCAAUUAAGAGAAGUGCCAAAACUGAUACGUGUAGAUUUGAAUAAACACUCGAGGCUCGUUCCCGCGAGACUUGGACGUUCUCGUUUAUCAAAACGAACGAAAGUUUUCGAUAUUGCUCUGGUGUGUGAAGCGUCGAACGUAUCAAGGUAGUAGGAGACCAGUCAGGUGCCAUCUUAUCAGGUGCCAAAAUAAUCAAAGAUAGCAGAGACAGAAAUCGAAUCGUAUCGGUUUGAUUGAAAUCAGAGAGAAAAAGUGGAUGUAUAGGGAUUCGAUGCUAUUGCUCACAGCGGUGAGAAACGAACGUUUCCGAUGGAACGUUCGUUUCGCUGAAACCGAUCCUUCUCGACCAUUCGCGUGAACCGAACAACGACGUAAACGGCCCCCUGUUUUUUGGAACAUUCGUUAUCUCUCCUGUGAAGACUGAUUUUUUAAACGAUGUUUUUCCCUCAUCAUUUCGGAUACUCGUAUAUCCUGUGUACGACAGGUGAGGAUUUUUUUGUAAAUAGUAUACAGAACUAUCUGGCGACUUAACGAUGUUCGUACUGGAGAUACUCAUAUAUACGUAUUACGAUGACUAAACUCGUCCUUUUAGUGCUGCGCAAGCAAUAUUACAGUUACUCGUAUCAAUAGUCCCGAUGAUCAGCACGAAAACUUAAUUAAAAGGUCGAUCUUUUAGAAGACUCCAAUUCGAGUUUCUUUCCUUCGUAUAAAAUCAGUACUGCCCACAGGCGGCUGUACCGUAUGAUUUCGCGAACCCCAAUCGUGAAUUCGGCGGUUAGCGAAACGAGUCUGAGACUUUAGAAAUAAUCCUGUGGACGGUAUUGGUAUUGGAGAAAUCACGGAUUCAUCCUUCCGUGUACCCGUAAUCGCGUCGUCGAUCAUCUGGUUGUAACAGGACUUCUCGAACAACGCGACAAAGUAACUCCUGCCAAGUAAACGAGUGAAAGAUAGAACAGAAAAUCGGCUUCGGGUUGCCAAAUGUGUUAUACGGUGGCGUUGUGAAAGAUGGAUUUAUUGUAUAUAGAUAGAGAAUAUGUAUACACAUAGCGUUCUUUAUUAUAGCCUAGGCUUUCGGUUAAUAAAAAUAACACCAAAGCUA